AUGAACUACGGAAAUGGUCGACUCUUGGCCUCCAGCGCGAGCUCCUACAUGGAUGCGGAGCUGCCCAACGACGACUCGUUCGUGUUCGACGGCACCAACUCCGAUUUGGCCCAGCAGCUCUACUACCGAGCGCGUGCGGGGGGUUCGGCCGAGAAACUGAGCCUUACCAAGCUCCCAAGUGCGGUCGAAGGAAGACUCGCUACUCUUGAACUCGACUGGGACAAUCUGGACGGGAUCGCGCAACGGGCGCUGCUCUGGGAUUCCGGUUUCGGUUUCUCUCUCGCUGGUGAACCACUGCAGAUUUUCACUGAUGGGACACACUCAAUAGCGGAUCUCGCCAUCCCAGUGAGCGACUUUGAAGGAGCUGGCUGCGUUUGGAAUAACUGCACUCAAACCGACAGGACGACGAGUUACAGCAACCUGUUGUGUGACGGCGACCAAAUGCUGACGGCGACAAGAUGCCUCGUUGAGGAUUUUAAUGACAGCUCCGAAACCCACACGGCGAUGUGGUCUACUGGAGGGUCUCCCGAAUCGGUUCCAUUACCGUACAUAUUCAAGCACUCUUGGACCGAUGCUUCUACUAACAAGCCAUUUAAUGUGCUUGCAAUUCACACAGUACCCACGAUGGACGAGGUAGCAUACGGGCAAUGUCCUACGGGCUCAGAGAAUGGAGGGUUCAGUUCACUCGUGAUUCCGUGCGCUUCGACAGCGAAUUUGUCAGAUAUGCCGGGAGCCAUGAUGACCACCGUAAAAGGGAGUGAUUGGGUCUCUCGAUGGCUGAAGGAGAACUACUCGACCACAGCAACGCCAGCUCCUGCUGCCACGAGCGUGACUACAGUCAUUUCUGAAGAUACAAACAAUGGUGGGGCAAUCAGCUCUGCAGCCAUCGCUGGGAUCAUCGCUGCUUGCAUCGUAGUCGUCUUGUUGAUUCUGGGCGUUGUAAUCGCUCGCCGACGCCACACCGGAGCAAAUCAAGGUCAGACUGGUUUGUGGGACGACGAUGUCAUCACGGCCAACCGAAUUCCGCGUGAGAAGGUCCGCGUUAACGAGCUUGUCAGUCGUGGCGCCUUUGGCGAGGUCUACACUGGAGUUUUCAACGACCAGCGUGUGGCGAUCAAGAUGCUGCUGCCGAGUACACGCCGAGACAUCAAGCUUGUGAACGAUUUCCUAGCUGAAGCGAAGCUCACGGCCAGCAUGGACCACCCGCGCAUUGUCACAUGCAUUGGAGUCGCCUGGGAUUCUCUCUCGGAUCUGUGCGUGGUCAUGGAGUUCAUGGAGGGCGGUGACCUGCGAACACUACUAAGCAACUACGAGAAAACAGGCCACCCGGUUGGCUUUAACCGCGAAAAAGUCGCGAUCGCGCUUCACGUGUGCCACGCACUCACGUAUCUGCACUCUCUCGAGCCUUCCGUGAUCCACAGAGACCUGAAGUCUCGCAAUAUUCUGCUCAACGACGCCAAUGAAGCAAAGCUCACGGAUUUCGGGAUCUCACGAGAGCGUCUGGACCGAACCAUGACGGCGGGAGUGGGGACGUCACUGUGGAUGGCUCCGGAGGUGAUGACAGGCGAGCGAUACGAUGAAAAGGCAGACAUGUUCUCGUUCGGAGUCGUGCUGUCGGAGCUGGACUCUCACACGCUGCCGUACGCUCAGGCCAAGCAGGAGAUGCAGCAGUCCCAUGGCCGUCAGAUGAGCGACGCUACUCUCCUCCAAAAGGUAGCAAUGGGGACGGUCAGUGUCGAGUUUUCAGACGCAGCACCUCGGUCCAUGGUGGACCUUGGCUGUGCUUGUGUUUCGGUGGACCCGACCUUGAGACCAAGCGCAGCAGAGGCUCUUUUUAAGCUUCAGGUGAUUCUGUCGAAAGAGCUGGCAUGA